CUGAAGAGCUACAGGAGAGAGGAGAAAACAACUGUCCUGCUUAAUGUCGCCACAGUUCUUCACAUAUUUCAUGCUUUGUUUGAGUUUGCUCACAUGGCUGAGCCCGAACCACAGGACCUCCGUGAGGAACAAGAUAACCUGCUCUCGUCGGUGACUCGGUACGGCUCUACAGACAGCAGCUGCCAACAUAAUCGUCAGGAUCAUCAGAGUCACUGCCAUGACAGCAACCACAACAGCCACAGCUUCCCCUCAACAACAACGGCAGGUCACUGGGUCAGUGCGGACCAGGAGGAGGAGGCCAUCCGCAGGAAGCUCAAGUACUUCUUCAUGAGUCCCUGCGACAAGUAUCACGCCAAAGGCCGCAAGCCCUACAAGCUGGUUCUGCAGCUGCUGAAGAUCUUUUUUGUCACAGCUCAGUUGGUGAUGUUUGGCCUCAGUAACCAGGUGGUGGUCACAUUCAAGGAGGAGAACACGAUGACCUUCAAGCACCUUUUUCUCAAAGACUACGAUGAAUCCUCAGACGACUCCUUUGCAGUUUACACACAGGAGGACGUCUACAGUCACAUCUUCUAUGCUGUGGAGAAGUACCUGACGUUACCAAAUACCACAGUGGGGCGCUACGCAUACGUCUACGAUGUUGGCAUCAACGGCAGCGCGCUUUCCCUCUGCCAGCAGUACUACAAGAAGGGCCAGAUCGACCCAGCCAACGACACGUUCAGCAUAGACCCCGGCAUCAUCACAGAUUGCAUGGGGGUGAACCCUCUGUCUGUCCCCUCAGCUCUGCUCACCAACAGCUACAAGAACUUCACACUCAAGUUCCACAAGCUGAUAAACGUUACCAUACAGUUCCAGCUGAAGGCGAUCAAUAUUCAGACGAUCAUCAACAAUGAGAUCCCCGACUGCUACACGUUCCACAUAACGAUUGUUCUGGACAACAAGGCUCACAGUGGCAAGGUGAAGAUCUGGUUGGAAAACCAGGCAAAAAUAAAGGAGUGCAAGGACCCGAGCGUCUCUGGACACGCUGAAAACUACACUCGAGUAGCGUUUGAUGUGUCUGUGGCUCUGCUGUGCCUCCUGUCUCUGCUGCUGUGUGGACGCUCCAUCCUGCGAGGCAUCAUUCUGCAACAGGAGUUUGUGCACUACUUCAAGGAGACUCUGGACCGUAAAGUGUGCUGGUCGGACCGUCUUGAGUUUAUCAACGGCUGGUUUAUCCUCCUCAUCAUUAGCGACAUCUUCACCAUCACAGGCAGCAUCAUCAAGAUCGGCAUUGAGUCAAAGACCAUGUCGUCCUAUGAUCUCUGUGGCAUCCUACUGGGGACUUCCACUCUCUUGGUGUGGGUGGGAGUCAUCCGCUACCUCACCUUCUUCCAGAAGUACAACAUUCUCAUCAUCACACUCCGAGCAGCGUUCCCUAACGUGAUUCGCUUCUGCUGCUGUGUCGCUGUCAUUUAUCUGGGCUACUGCUUCUGUGGCUGGAUCGUCCUCGGACCGUACCACGUGAAGUUCCGCUCUCUGUCCUCGGUGUCCGAGUGCCUGUUCUCACUCAUUAACGGGGACGACAUGUUCGUGACGUUCUCAGAGAUGCAGGAAAGCAGUACUCUGGUGUGGCUCUUCAGCCAACUCUACCUCUACACCUUCAUCUCCCUCUUCAUCUACAUGGUGCUGUCUCUGUUCAUCGCUCUCAUCACUGGAGCGUACGAGACCAUCAAGCAUCAAACCCAAGAACCCAUCCACAUCACUGACCUGCACGCCUUCAUAGCAGAGUGUACAGAUGCACCAAACUCAGGGAAGUUCAGAGGUCUGGAGACGUCCCCGUGCUCCUUCUUUUGCUGCUGCGACAGAACAACAACGUACGAAGAUGUUCUGCUGGUGAACUGAGGCCGACGUGGGCUUCCUCACAAGCCUCAGCAGCCUCCCCUGCUGGACGGCGCCGCACACUCCACACACCCAGCGUCUGCGUGUCCGUCCGGACCAAAGGUGGGCACUGACAGAGGAUGAACUGGACCAGCAAGAAGAACCAGGCUGCUCCUUGGAGCUCUUGGUUUUUCCUGAAAAAGAGGAAACUGAAGCUUUUGUCUGAAGAAAAGGACCGAGCAGCGUCGUUGAUGACUACGAUACAGACUUUUCAGUUUUUAUUUGUUUUUAAGAACAAACUGCAGUAUUUUUUAUUUUUGUCUUGGUUUUCUUGGAGCGCUGAACGAAAGCAGCACAACUUCUUGGUGGAAGGUGGAAGGUCCGAGCGCUACGAUGAGGACUGUGAAACAUUGUAAUGUUCAUUUGUUUUUCU